CCACCCUGUGGCCAUCACUAUUACUUAGCGCGAGUACUUUUAGCACCAGCAGCUACUCAAUCGGUGCCUCGACAGCUCUUCUACAACACACUCACAAUAGUCGUAGCACCAAAGCAGCUCAAAGCCAGUCUUGCCCAACGACAAGCUCUAACGACAAUGUGGUUCACUCUUGCAGCCAUCCUGGUCGGCCUCGUAGCCGCAGGACCUAUCGCAAAGGACGACAAGAACAACGUGAUCUACGAGGGCAUCGACCGCAAUGGCAUCGAGGUCUUCCUCGGGAUCCAAUACGCCCAGGACACGGGUGGAGCCAAUCGAUUCAAGCCCCCUCAGGCUUUCGUACCGGCUCAGGGCUCAAAGGUCGAUGCCACGAAAGCAGGUCUGCCUUGUCCUCAGCAAUUGGGCCAAUGGAACGCGCCCUUGACUCUUCUUAAUGUCACCGAGUUCUCCGAGAACUGCCUCAACUUGAAUAUUGCGAGGCCGCACUCAGAAAAGGCUGCUGUAGAGGGUGGACUGCCCGUCUUGCUCUGGAUUCAUGGUGGUAGCUUCUGGGUCGGAUCUAAUAUUGAGCCUACGCAUAUGCCUGAUGGCUUCGUUCGGGAAUCGGUUGAAGGUGGAACCCCAGUCAUGCAUGUCGCUAUCAACUACCGCCUUGGACUCUUCGGGUUCGCACAGUCUGCGGCUCUGCGGGAUCAGAAGAGCGAGAAUGCCGCUCUUCGUGACCAACGAUUUGCGAUUGAGUGGGUUAGGGACAAUAUCCAUGUAUUCGGAGGCAAUGGAAACAACAUCACCAUUGCCGGCCAGUCCAGUGGAGGCCUCGCUGUGGGCUUACAUCUGCUAGCAUAUGGAGGCACCAUCCCGCUCCCGUAUCAACGAGGCAUAGCCCAAUCCCAGGCCCUUGAGCCUGGCAUCGUCAAUGCGGGCAACGGCUUCACGCAAGUAGCCUUCCGCAAAGUCGUGGAUCACAUCGGCUGCAAGGAUGGCGCAAACUACGACAGUCCUCAAGUGAUUGACUGCCUCCGGGGCAAAGACACGUAUACUCUGUUCAACUCUUCGCUCGCCACUUACACAGGCGACAUCGCUCACAAUAUCGGCGACAUCUGGCUACCUUCAGUUGAUGGUGAUUUCCUCCCGGAAGCGCCAUCGCAGCUCCUCUCGAAAGGAAAGUUCGGAGACGCAACCUACAUGCUCGGCUGGGCCAACGACGACGUCAACUUCUACACCGACGUCACAAUCGCUAGCGCCGAUGCCGCGAAGAAUUUCAUACAGACAUAUGUCCCAACCCUCCCAAAUUCCGCAGAUCUAAACCUUGUUGACAUGUACAACAUCAGUGACUUCGCGCCACCAAGCGGCACCAACCUCACGGCUGAGUUCUACCGCGCGGCUCGGGCCUUCCGCGACAUCCUCAUGGUCUGCGAACCGCUUUACAUGGCCGAAGCCAUGCACAGAUUCGACAAGAAAGUUUACCUGUAUAAUUUCAACCAGACAAUUAUUGACCCCAUCCUCGCGGCCGUGUAUAAUGUGAGUGGCAUGGGCGUCGUGCACACGUCCGAGUUCGCGUAUAUAUGGGGUAAUCUAUCCGCGUAUAACGUCUCAGGGUACCCGUUCAAUCCUACAGACGCGGACGUGGAUCUGAUGCAUCGUGCGAGUCGCGCAUGGAGUCGCUUCGUGAGUACGGGGGUGGUGCAGGAGGUGCAGAAUCCGUCGGCCAAUAUCGACGGGGGGUUGAAAGGAUGGUUGCACGCGUUCUGGGACGCGAACGAUCCUCUUGCACCGCGGGAUUCACCAGGCUAUCCACAUGUGUUUACGAUUGGUGGACCGUCAGAGGGGCUAUUUCCCAUCGAUGGUCCUGACAGUCCUGAGGUAUGGAAGAAGCAGAAAAUGGUCGAGAAGUGUGGGUUUCUCAACACACCUUCGGUUGUGCGUCAACUCGGAUUCUAA